AUGGACGAAUCACCCCCCGACUUCUACGACGUCUACCUCACCGAGCAGCACGGCGUGCGCAACCACCUGGCCAUCUUCAUCGAAACUAUUCCCGACGCGGAACCCUUCUGCAACAGCGGUCGACUCUACCAUGUGGUGGGCACCAUUCUGCGCGGCAUGGACUACGGUCAUCGCAACACCCCCGAUCCCGAACUGCUGCCCGGCUAUGUGAUGGACUCGAAGCGUAAGAUUGCCGUGAUCGCCAGAGACGACGUGAUCCGAUUUGAGCGGGAAUGUGCCGAGGAAAUCCCACCUCCCCCAGCUCAACUGACCCUCAGUGGGAAGCCUUUGAACCGGGCCGUGCCUUUGUAUCGCUGCACCGACUGGGUGGAGGACGUGGUGCAUUUGGCCUUGGAACUGGGCAUCUUCAAGAGAGAUGGGAAGGAGGGCGAGUUAUACUUUGGAACGGAAGAAGAUUGA